AUGUUUGCUAAUAAAGUAGUAAUUGUGACCGGCUCGAGCAGUGGAAUUGGCAAAGAAGCUGCCUUGAUCUUCGCCAGGGAAGGCGCCAAAGUUGUUGUACAUGGUCAGAAUGAACAGAGAUUGAAGGUGAGUUAAAUACCUCAACAAAUUCUAAUUGUAUACUAUAAUCCUUCAAACUGGCAUUUUAAAACAAAAAUUUAAAAUUUUGAAAAAAGAAAAAUAUUAUUAUAGAUUGUUCAAAAAAGGUUUCAUCGUAUAACUAUAUAAAUAUUGUAGGAAACAGUAGAUGAAAUUGCCAAGAUCACCUCUCCAUCUAAAGUAAUAUCAGUGAAAGGCCCGAUUCAGGACGAAAAGACCUGGAACACCAUUGCUUCUGAAACUAUCAAGAAAUUCGGACAAAUUGAUAUCCUCGUUAACAAUGCUGGCUCUAGAGAUGAUGGCAAGGACCCGAAGAGUCUUGAUUGCUUCCAGUAUUGCAUGGAUAUCAAUGUUAAGAGGUAUAUUUGUGAUAUUAUACUCUUUAGUACUAUGUGUACUUUACAAUAGCGCACUACCUAUAUAUAGUAUCAUACUAUAUAGUACUUUACAUACUAUAUAGUACUAUACAUACUAUAUAUUUGAGUACUGUACAAAAUCACUAAGCGAUACAUUAUGACCAUUUAUGACCUAAAACAAUAUCUAAUUCCAGUGUCAUCGGUCUGACCCAAGCCUGCAUCCCUUACAUCAAGAAGACCAAAGGCAACAUCAUCAACGUCUCUUCCGGCCUAGCCAAGAAGAUCUCUCCACACGCUCCAAUGUACGCCAUAAGCAAAGCAGCACUCGAACAUUAUACUCGUCAUGCUGCUUUUGAGUACGCUGCUGAUGAUGUCCGAGUGAACAAUGUGUCUCCCGGCCUAACCAAUACCUACUUCCAACAACGUCACAUAAAGAUGCCAGAUGGAGCGUUGGAAGCAUUUGCCAAGACGUUGCCUUUGAAGAGGAUGGGAACGGCCAAGGAAUCGGCUGAGAUGAUAGUGUUUGUGGCCAGCGACAAGUGUAGUUAUGUGACUGGAGAGACGUUGGGUGUGCAUGGAGGAAUAUUGAUCAAACCAUAA